CGUGCGCAGUGGUGCGCAUUUCAAGUCUUGAUGGUUCAUUCAACUUCACCGUUGACUACAUAUAAUUUAGUCAUCGAUGAACGACAGUUGUUCGUCGAACGUCUUUGUUCAAUAAGUCGAAAUUCUCGACGACAUAUCGCACAAAUUGCAAUGAGGAUAAUUCUAGUUCUUAGCCUUGUGGCUAUAAUUUUCGGGUUGGCCGUUCAUGCAGAUGAUAAGGCAGCAAAGGGACCAAAAGUAACAGAUAAGGUAUGGUUUGACAUCCAAAUUGGCGGUAAAGACGUCGGAAGAAUUGAAAUUGGUCUCUUUGGAAAUACAGUUCCAAAAACAGUACAGAAUUUUGUUGAACUUUCUAAGAAACCUGUUGGAGAAGGAUACAAAGGAAGUAAAUUUCAUAGAGUUAUAAAAGAAUUUAUGAUUCAAGGAGGCGAUUUUACAAAAGGAGAUGGAACUGGAGGACAUAGUAUUUAUGGUGCCAGAUUUGCUGAUGAAAAUUUCAAGUUAAAGCAUUAUGGUGCUGGAUGGUUAUCAAUGGCAAAUGCUGGAAAAGAUACUAAUGGUUCUCAAUUUUUCAUUACUACUGUACAAACUCCAUGGUUAGAUGGCAGACACGUUGUUUUUGGGAAAAUAAUUAAAGGAAUGGAUGUAGUGAAAAAGAUAGAAGGUGUAUCUACCGAUAGUCGAGAUAAACCAACAGAGGAUGUUGUUAUUAGUAACAGUGGAUCAGAGACAGUAACAGAACCAUUUGGAGUUUCUAGAGAUGAUGCAACUGAAUAAAUAUCAAUUAAUGUACAAAAUAUGCAAGGGUCUAUGCUACUAACAAUGCAAUUUUGAUCACUGUAUUAUAUUCCAAUUAUAUAUGAUUUUAAACAAAUAUUAUUUCCCAUUAUAAAACAAUUU